UUAGCAGAAUUCUAGGCUCAGGGCUCGUGCCCCGUAACCGUUUUUUCACAAGUGUAAGGGCUGGAGCAGGCAGCGGUACCUCUACCCGGCCCUAGCCCGUAGGGGACAGGGCCGAUCGCUGAACGCUGGACAGUGAUGCGGCCGCCACAGCCCCCUGCGGAGACGUGGCGUAGCGAUGGCAGCACGCGCUCGGUUUAUGCUGAACCGUUAACAUCGCCCCUGGAUUGCCGUUUCGGGGGGGGCUGGGGUAUUGAUCCGUCCUCCUGCCCCACCACCCUGCUGCCAUUGGCCUGCCCCAGCCGCACCCGCCGGCGGGGCCUCACCGAACCGCACAGCUGCGUGUCCGGGGUGGGCGGGCCGCGAUGUGCCCUGAGCGGGGUUCCGGCCCUGGCACCUGGGAAGGAAGCACCAAGAACCGCUUCUCCCGCGGGGGAAGACGGGUCCCUCCGCACCAGCUCCAGGGCGCCCCGCCCGGGAAGACGGUCACGAGGUGCUGCGCUGCCCUACGGGAGCAACCGUUGUUCGCUGGUCAGCAAACCCGGCUCCUUGCGCCCCGAGUCCCAGGCUGAACCGAGUCCCGGCCGCAGGAGGCGGGGCUAAGCCGGCAGGACCCAGGCGCCUGCGCCCGGCCAUGGAGGGGGAGCUCGGAACUUGGAGUGGAAAUGUAUUGGAUUAUUUUCUGAACACUAACCAGAUUAAAACCAGAGAUGGAGCAGAAAUUAUCUGGUAUCAUGCAGCAAACAAUAAAUCACAAAUGAAAGAGGCAAUACAAAGUGCUGCUCAUAUGGUAGAAGCAGAUAUUCUUCUUUGUGGUGAAGAAGAAGGAAAUGGUGAACCAAUCAUGGCUCAUCCUCCUGAAACAAACAGUGACAACACAUUGCAGGCGUGGCUAAAUGAGAUUGUGAACACUAAAAAAGGCAUCAAGCUGGAUUUUAAGAGUCUAGCAGCGGUGAAGCCCUCUAUGAUGCUUCUUGAAGGCAUAAAGUUGCAUCUGAGGCGACCUGUUUGGAUUAAUGCAGACAUUCUCCCUGGACCUAAUGGAAGUAACACUGUUGUGGAUGCAAAAAGAUUUCUAGACACUGUAACUUCAUUCUGCCCGGAUGUGACCUUAUCGUUGGGCUGGACAACUGGGUGGCAGCCUCAACAAUGCAAUAAAGGAUACAGUUGGGCAAUGGUGAAAGAGAUGGCUCAGAUAUGUGAUGGACUUACUCAGCCUGUAACAUUCCCUGUUAGAGCAGCUUUGGUACAACAGUCAACAUCUGAGUUGCUUUGGUUAUUACAGAAGUCAAACAGGUACAGCCUGACUGUUUGGACAGGAAGGCACGAUGAGUACUCUAUAGAAGACCUGCUCUACCUCAGAGAGAACUUGGAUAAAAGUAGGGUUUAUUAUGAUAUUUUGGAACCACAAAACUCUGAAUUCAGAAAGGCCAUAGGAAUAGAAGUGUGAAUAUAAAGGAAAUAGACACUGACACUAUAAAUAGUAAAUGAAACUAUGAAUUCACACUACUGUGGCUCUUUUGGGUAAUACUGAUUGCUAAUUUGGCUCAUGAACAACUGAGGUCUGAGUAUCGCUGGUAUAGGUAUACAUGGCCCUCCCUCAGCUCAGAGGACUGGACUAGAUGCGCUCUCAAGGUUCCUUCCUGAUCUACAUUUCUGUGAUUUCUUCUACACACUCAUCUCCACUAGUUUCCUGUGAAGCAGUGGGUUUAUUUUAAGGGCUCAUCUACACAAAUGUACACCAUAAUAACUAAAUCUAUUGUAAUUUACUUCUUUUGUUAUUUCAGUGCAAGUCUGCAUGUGGACACUCUUAUUUUGGAAUAAGAGCACUGAAAUAGGACACUUAUUCCUACGUUCACAUGUUACUCCAAAAUGUGGACCUGAGGCACCCAAUAAUGGCCUGCCUAUAACUGUAAACAAAUUGUCAAUUUAGCCUGUGUUAAUGGGUAACAGGAGGUGGCCUGCCCUAGAGGAAUUGCCCAGGUUUUACCAGGGAGUUUGUCUUUGCCCCUCAGAGGUCUGCUCAGGACAGACUAGUUCUGUCAAACCAUGAGAGGACCCGGAUACAGGCUUCCGCUCAAAGGAUUGACGCUAAAGCAGUAAUUCUUCAAAAACAAAGUAACAUUUAUGUAAAGGAAAUAUUCAGUUACAAUACAUUUAAUAAUCAAGAAAGAAUGCAUUGUGAAACAUAACCCAGAACAUAGUACAGUUGCAUUGCAUUUAGAAAUCAUAUAGGGAGGCGACACGACAGACUACAUAAACUAUAUAGCUGAUACAAUGUUGCACAAUACAAUACACAUAGACCCUUUAUGCAUAUGUAUAAAGCCUUAAUGCAAUGCUACAAUAUAAUACCAAACUUAUUACAAUGUAACAUACAGAACUCUUUUACAUAUGUAUAAAACUGCAUUACAAUAUUACACAUUAAAGGACAUUACUAAAUAACAUUCUAUGAGUUCUGAUCAGGCAAUCAUAGAAUGGUGGGGUAAAAUCCAUUCAGACACAGACAUUCAGUUUUAUUUACAAUCAGUCCCAUGCAUUCCUUAUCAUUAAGAAGGAAUUAUACUUACUUUCUUUCUAAAAUCCCUCUGCACCGUCUAUGGUCCUUCUGUGCUCGGUCAAGGAUUUCAGUGAUAUUCAGUCUGCUGCUGUCUUCUCCUCCGCUCUCCUGCUCACCCACACACCUACCCUGAAGCCUGUCAUCUCUCUGCCUUGUAUACUAUUUUUGAUCUUUUCUGAUUGGUUGCUCUCUCUCAAUACUAGUAAUUAGCAUAGUUCCUCUUUAUGGGGUGAUAACUAUUCAGCCAAUCAGCUUUACCUGUCAUUUGAGCCAGACCUGGCUGAGAAUCUCCUUCUUACCUGACUGACCCAUCCCUUAAUCUCACCCUGCUGAACUUAAUUUCACCCCAGUUACCUGUCUGCUAUUGGUCAAUUCAGCCUGAGUCCUCCAUUUUAAUUUUUCUAAUGUAAAAUCGUUGCAGCUGCCAUUUUGGAAACCUGCUCUAACCUAUCACUAUUUAUUACUUAUCAAAAAGCCUUAAAUCUUUAGCUAACUACAUUUUUUUAUUCAUGUUUAGGCAUUAUGAUAUUGUCACCACUUUUGUUAUGCUAAUUGGGGGAGGUGAAUUUUACAGUGUUUUUUCUCUUCUUUGCAUAUUGACAGCUGCACGGCUGACACCUCUCCAUGGUGCUGCUAAUUUUUUUACACAGCAUAGAGCAACUAAAAGCCUCUUGUAUCAGUCCCCUCCUUGGUGGGUGAUAUACUUAUUUAUCAACCCACCACUUGUUUAAAUAGUGAGUUCAGUGGAUGUUUGGUCUUGUCCAGUAUGGGCUCAAGGCUCUCCUGUCAGACCGAGCAGAUACCUCUUCUUACUGGCACAAUUCCUCACCAUCCUUGAUUCUCACUAGGGUCACACUUUCCUGUGUGCCAUUAUAGUUUCUUUUAAGGCUUGUGGACUAUACAUGCUUUAGCUGCUUAAAAUUUUGUUUGACCCAGCACACCAGGAUAAUAAGUAUAAAUGCCAUCAUAAUCUGAAAUGCUAAUACUAUCACAACAGGCUGUAAAAUUGUAUUAAAGAAUCCUGUUGCUCUAGGAGACCAUCCCAAGAACACUUUCCACCUGUUAUUUUUGGUAUCACUUUUUAUACACUCUAUAGUGUGCUCAGUUUUCUUAGAGAGUGGUGAAGAGUAAUCAUAGCCUUUUGUGCAUUUUCCUGAGCCCUUUGUUGUUGUCUUUGUAAGUCAGGAUGAUCCAUUAAUUGCUUAACUAAACUUAUAUUUAUUUCCAAGGUAUUGGAUCAACCUUUUUAUAUAUCUGAUACUGAUCCCUAAUUUCCUCAUUACCAAUUUCAGGUAGCAUGAAUUUGAAAUUCCAACCAAUCAUCGAGGUGAUAUUACAACAACAUUUGUUUUCAUAACGGUUAUGAGUUACAUUGAAUACAUGAUUAACUUAAACAAUUUACAACAUCUUCUAACACAUACACAUUUAUUUCCAAUAUAUAUAACGAAGGAUCCAUUAAAUGGGAAAAGAUCUAGCUGAUAAUGGCAUUUUCCCAGUUAGUCACUUACAAUCCAGCCAUAUGAUGUAUGUUUAUCACUAUUACAAAUAUAUCCAAUUCCACAUUCUUCCAUACAGGCCUCAAGUUCCACAGUUUUCCAUGUACGGUUUUGCCUUGUGGCCUAUAGUGUUUGUUCUAUUGGUUGCAUUAUACUAUUAUUAAUAUUUAACCCUAGCAUUACAAUAGGAGAUAUCCAUUCUAUUUGGGCAUUGGACAUUAUGACUGUAUGUAGUAAUUUGAUUCAUUUGAGGAUUAUAUGUGAAAUUUAUCAUUUUCCACCAGGAAUAUAUCUUUUAUUCCACCCUAGUGGCAUAUUUCCACAUUAUACUUCUUAUUUUUAAAGGUAAAAUUCCUCUCAUCCCAUCUCUUAUUAUGUCUUUCACCACAUCAUUAGUCCAAGUCUGUGCUUGUAUGCAAGCCAGUGUCAUGGAUACAUUGCUUUGUAAUACCUCUACGAUAUGUAGUAUGGCUAAAUAAUCAGCCUUUUGUAAUUUUUCUGAGCCAGGGAAUAAACUCGCUAUUAGGUGAUGGCGAGUGCUUAUGUAGAUGUUUUGACAAAGCUCCCAAGUGUUGUCCUACUGCAUUUAAUUUAUUAGCCAAUACUUCUGCAUCUAUGCUAUUCAACACUCCGAGUUCUGUACCUGCUCUUCCUAAAGCUGUAUCUAUUAAGCUUCUUUUUUUCUAUUAGUGGUGGCUUUUAAUAAAAGUUGGAUUUCUGUCCAUUUUUUCCAUCCCA